GUGCGCGCCCGCCUUGAGGAAGCGGCCCGCGCCAAGAAGGGCAAGAAGGGCUUCAUGACGCCGGAGCGUAAGAAGAAGCUCAGGACACUGCUUCGUCAAAAAGCCGCCGAGGAGCUGAAGCGAGAACAGGAGCGCAAGGCGACUGAACGUCGCGAGGGCAUCGCCAAGCGCAUCGGCACCAAGCAGAACUUGGACGGUCUCAGCCAGGACAAACUGGCCAGUGUUUGCCGCGAGUACUACAGUCGCAUGGCGAAGCUGGAGGACAGCAAGUACGACCUCGAGUACGAGGUCAGACAGAAGGACUUUAUCAUCAACGAGCUGACCAUCCAGGUGAACGACCUGCGCGGCAAAUUCGUGAAGCCCUCGCUGAAGAAGGUGGCGAAGUACGACGGCAAGUUGGAGAAGAUGGCGAAGAUUGCCGCCAAGGCGGAGAAGGACUUCCGCAACAACCUGAAGCGCGUCCAGUCGACCAAGUUCACCAUGGAGGAGGAAAACAAAGAUGUGACCAAGCCAGAGUGGGCGAGCCAGAAGAAGAAGGAGGAGACGGUUGAGGUGAAGGACGGAGAUGAGGAGGAAUAA